GUUUGAUUGACAGCUCCAGGACUAAUAUAAAAAAGAAGGGAUGCUUCUUCCUUCACUACUGGUGCACACUGCUCAGCCUUGACUGGAUCACCUGAACCAUGCACUGCCUCGGACUCAGCUCAGCACUGUUGCUGAUAGCAUCAUGCUCCCUCAUCACAGCAGAGCGCGCAACCACCUGUGGCAACAGUGGAAACGUCCAUCUCAUAAACUGUGUGUCAGGCGUGAUCAGCGUGAAUGAGGGCUUGUACGGCCGCGCAGACCGAGAAAUCUGCAAAGAAGGUCGACCUGCGGGGCAACUCGCUAACACCGCGUGCUCUCAGGUUGGCGCUGACGACGUCCUCAAGACAAGAUGCAAUGGCAAGAAAAGGUGCGAAAUCAACACGGAUGUUUUCCGUGCCAUUUCCGAUCCCUGCCAAAACAUCUUUAAAUAUGUGGACUCCAACUUCACCUGCGUCCCAGCGAUCAGUAUCUUGGCAUGUGAGGACUCUUUGGCUCAUUUGUUUUGUGAUGUCGGACAAGUGAUAUUUGUCUACGGGGCCGACUAUGGACGCCGUGACCGGACCACGUGCUCCUACAAAAUACCUGAAAAUCAGCUCCAAAACGUGGAAUGCUUAAGCCCGACUGACCUGGUGGCAAACAGUUGCAACGGGCAAAACAGCUGCACCGUCAGAGCCAGCAACGGGGUGUUCGGAGACCCCUGUGUGGGCACCUACAAGUACCUGGAGGUUGCCUACACCUGUGAAUUUCCUGUGUUCGGACCUGCAAAUGCCAAGUAAAGAUGGGGAUUGCUUCUAUAGUUUCUUGUUGAUUUCAGAGUCCAACUAUAAAUGUUUCAUGUUGUUUUAAAGAUGCUUUAUUUAGCUUUCUAUUAUAGUUAGUAUGAGGUGGCAACUUGUCCAGGGUGUACGCCGCCUUCCGCCCGAUUCUAGCUGAGAUAAGCACCAGGGAAUAAGCGGUAGAAAAUGGAUGGAUGGAUAUAGUUAGUAAUUUGACAAUACACUGCAAAAACACAAACUGUUUCCAUUAGAGAUGUCUGAUAAUAUCGGAUAUUAUCAGCAAAAAAAUGCUUUAAAAAGUGAUAUCUGCAAUGAGUGGUACAAGGACGAAGGGAGAAGUACAGAGCGCCAAUAAACCUUAAAGUCACUGCCUUUGCGUGCCGGCCCAAUCACAUAAUAUAUGUUGCUUUAUACAAACACAAGUGAAUGUGAGUCAUACUUGGUCAACAACCAUACAGGUCACACUGAGGGUGGGCUUAUAAACAACUAUAACACUGUUACAAAUAUGGGCCACACUGUUAACCCACAACAAACAAGAAUGACAAACACAUUUCGGGAGAACAUCCGCUCCGUAACACAAUAGAACAAACACCCAGAAUCCCUUGCAGCACUAACUCUGUCGGGACCUCAACCCUGCCCAACCUCAACCUCAUCAUGCCCUCUCAGGGAGAGUAUGUCCCAAAUUCCAAGCUGCUAUUUCGAGGCAAAAAAAUAAUGUACUUUGUGAGUGUGCCACGGCACAGUGGUUGAAAACACUGCAAUAAUGAUCCCUUGACCUACUAUUUCAUGUAUGGUGAUGCAAUUAUGAUGUGUAUUGUUGCUUAAAAUGACAAAUAAGCUUCUUUAAAGUGUGUUUUCCUAGGGUUCAUAGUGUGCAGAUUUUUCACGAUCCGUCAAAUUAUAAACGUCCAUCCAUCCAUCCAUUUUCUACCGCUUGUUCCCUUUUGGGGUCGCGGGGGGCGCUGGCGCCUAUCUCAGCUACAAUCGGGCGGAAGGCGGGGUACACCGUGGAAAAGUCGCCACCUCAUCGCAGGGCCAACACAGAUAGACAGACAACAUUCACACUCACAUUCACACACUAGGGCCAAUUUGGUGUUGCCAAUCAACCUAAACGUGAAGAUUUUAAAUAAAUAAAUGGGUUGUACUUGUAUAGCGCUUUUCUACCUUCAAGGUACUCAAAGCGCUUUGACACUACUUCCACAUUUACCCAUUCACACACACAUUCACACACUGAUGGAGGGAGCUGCCAUGCAAGGCGCCAACCAGCACCCAUCAGGAGCAAGGGUGAAGUGUCUUGCUCAGGACACAACGGACGUGACGAGGUUGGUACUAGGUGGGAUUUGAACCAUGGACCCUCGGGUUGCGCACGGCCACUCUCCCACUGCGCCACGCCGUCCCUUUUAACUGCAUAUUUGACCAAAAACAUAAAAAAUAAUUUUAGAUUAUUUUCUAUUUAGGUACAUGCAUUAGUACGACUGCCUCACUAUACUAAGGUCGUGGGUUCGAGCCUGCGAUCAGGAUCUUUUUGUUUGGAGUUUGCAUGUUCUCCCCGUGACUGCGUGGGUUCCCUCCGGGUACUCCGGCCUCCUCCCACCUCCAAAGACAUGCACCUGGGGAUAGGCUCCUCCCACCUCCAAAGACAUGCACCUGGGGAUAGGCUCCUCCCACCUCCAAAGACAUGCACCUGGGGAUAGGUUGAUUGGCAACACUAAAUUGGUCCUAGUGUGUGAAUGUGAGUGUGGAUGUUGUCUGUCUAUCUGUGUUGGCCCUGCGAUGAGAUAGCGACUUGUCCAGGGUGUACCCCGCCUUCCGCCCGAUUGAAGCUGAGAUAGGCACCAGCACCCCCUUCCAACCCAGAAAGGGAUAAGCAGUGGGAAAUGGAUGGAUGGACAGCAAUAAUAAAUAUGGCAGUGCCAUGUUGGCAUUUUUUUCCAUAACUUGAGUUGAUUUAUUUUGGAAAACCUUGUUACAUUGUUUAAUGCAUCCAGCGGGGCAUCACCACCAAAUUAGGCAUAAUAAUGUGUUCAUUCCACGACUGUAUAUAUCGGUAUCGGUUGAUAUCGGAAUCGGUAAUUAAGAGUUGGACAAUAUCAGCAAAAAAGCCAUUAUCGGACAUCUCUAGUAUGCAUGUAUAUUGUUUGGGAAGAGGGGAAAUGAUGUACUCAAUGAUUUUCUAGUAUUAUUCAUAAGGGACAAGCGGUAGAAAAUGGAAGUAUUUGAAGAAAUGUGACAAAAAUGAACUUUAAUGUUCCCUUUAAUAAAAUCAGUAUGUUGUUA